GAUCACACGGAAAAGGCCAUCGCAAUCGGGGCGACGCUGGCUCAUGAGAUGGGUCACAACCUGGGGAUGAACCAUGAUGACUCCAGUGCCUGCCCCUGCACUGGAGACAGCUGUAUCAUGGCUCCAGCACUCAGCUACAAUGUGCCUCGCACUUUCAGCGGCUGCAGCACCAACUUCUAUGAGAAAUAUCUGACGGGCCGAAGCCCCGGCUGCCUGCUGGACAAACCGGACUACAAAUCCCUGGUGACCCCGGGCGUCUGUGGGAACGGCUUCAUGGAGGCGGGGGAGCAAUGUGACUGCGGCACUGUGGAGGUACGGGAAUAUAAAUCU